AUGGCCCACGAUUCCACGCGCGGGAAGCCCGUUUCUCAAGCCCACGUUUCUCCUCCCUGCGCGCGCACCGUUCCGGUAAGCCCGCGCGGGAACCUCUCGCCACCCCGCGCGCGCUCUUCUCGCCUUCCGCGCGGUAUCCCAUCGCAUCCCAGCGCGCGCUCCUCUUACCGCCCCGCUCGGCCUCCUCUCACCAUCCCGCGCGUGCUCCUCUCGCCUCCCCUCGCGUGCUCCUCUCGCCUUCAAUGCUCGCGAAUCUCUUGCCUCCCCGCGCGGCCGCCUCUCGCCUCCCCGCGCAGCCUCCUCCCGCCAUCCCUCGCGCGCCCCUCUCGCCUCCCCGCGCGUGCUCCUCUCUUCUCACCUACUCGUUCUCCUCUCGCCUCCCCUCGCGCGCCCCUCAAGCCUCCCCGCGCGUGCUCCUCUCUCCUCACCUACUCGUUCUCCUCUCGCCUCCCCUCACGCGCCCCUCAAGCCCCCCCGCGCGUGCUCCUCUCUCCUCACCUACUCGUUCUCCUCUCGCCUCCCCUCGCGCGCCCCUCAAGCCUCCCCGCGCAUGCUCCUCUCUCCUCACCUACUCGUUCUCCUCUCUCUUCACCUUGCAUGCCUCCCACGCCUCCCCGCGCGUGCUCCUCACUCCUCACCCUGCGUGCUCCUCUCGCCUCCCCGCGCGUGCCCCUCUCUCCUCACCUCCAAUGCUCUUCGAUCGCCAACCUUGCGCGUGCCCCUCUCUCCUCACCCUGCGUGAGCUCCCCUCUCCUCACCUUGCGUGCUCCCCUCUCCUCACCUUGCGUGCUCCCUCUCCUCACCUUGCGUGCUCCCCUCUCCUCACCUUGCGUGCUCCCCUCUCCUCACCUUGCGUGCUCCCUCUCCUCACCUUGCGUGCUCCCCUCUCCUCACCUUGCGUGCUCCCCUCUCCUCACCUUGCGUGCUCCCCUCUCCUCACCUUGCGUGCUCCCUCUCCUCACCUUGCGUGCUCCCCUCUCCUCACCUUGCGUGCUCCCCUCUCCUCACCUUGCGUGCUCCCCUCUCCUCACCUUGCGUGCUCCCCUCUCCUCACCUUGCGUGCUCCCCUCUCCUCACCUUGCGUGCUCCCCUCUCCUCACCUUGCGUGCUCCCCUCUCCUCACCUUGCGUGCUCCCUCUCCUCACCUUGCGUGCUCCCCUCUCCUCACCUUGCGUGCUCCCCUCUCCUCACCUUGCGUGCUCCCCUCUCCUCACCUUGCGUGCUCCCCUCUCCUCACCUUGCGUGCUCCCCUCUCCUCACCUUGCGUGCUCCCUCUCCUCACCUUGCGUGCUCCCCUCUCCUCACCUUGCGUGCUCCCCUCUCCUCACCUUGCGUGCUCCCCUCUCCUCACCUUGCGUGCUCCCCUCUCCUCACCUUGCGUGCUCCCCUCUCCUCACCUUGCGUGCUCCCCUCUCCUCACCUUGCGUGCUCCCCUCUCCUCACCUUGCGUGCUCCCCUCUCCUCACCUUGCGUGCUCCCCUCUCCUCACCUUGCGUGCUCCCUCUCCUCACCUUGCGUGCUCCCCUCUCCUCACCUUGCGUGCUCCCUCUCCUCACCUUGCGUGCUCCCCUCUCCUCACCCUGCGUGGGCUCCCCUCUCCUCACCUUGCGUGCUCCCCUCUCCUCACCUUGCGUGCUCCCUCUCCUCACCUUGCGUGCUCCCCUCUCCUCACCUUGCGUGCUCCCCUCUCCUCACCUUGCGUGCUCCCUCUCCUCACCUUGCGUGCUCCCCUCUCCUCACCUUGCGUGCUCCCUUCUCCUCACCUUGCGUGCUCCCCUCUCCUCACCUUGCGUGCUCCCUCUCCUCACCUUGCGUUCUCCCUCUCCUCACCUUGCGUGCUCCCCUCUCCUCACCUUGCGUGCUCCCUCUCCUCACCUUGCGUGCUCCCCUCUCCUCACCUUGCGUGCUCCCCUCUCCUCACCUUGCGUGCUCCCCUCUCCUCACCUUGCGUGCUCCCCUCUCCUCACCUUGCGUGCUCCCUCUCCUCACCUUGCGUGCACCCCUCUCCUCACCUUGCGUGCUCCCCUCUCCUCACCUUGCGUGCUCCCCUCUCCUCACCUUGCGUGCUCCCCUCUCCCCACCUUGCGUGCUCCCUUCUCCUCACCUUGCGUUCUCCCCUAUCCUCACCUUGCGUGCUCCCCUCUCCUCACCUUGCGUGCUCCCCUCUCCUCACCUUGCGUGCUCCUCUAUCCUCACCUUGCGUGCUCCUCUAUCCUCACCUUGCGUGCUCCUCUAUCCUCACCUUGCGUGCUCCUCUCUCCUCACCUUGAGGCCUCCUCUCUCCUCACCUUGCGUGCUCCUCUCUCCUCACCUUGCGUGCGCCUCUCUCCUCACAAUACAUGCGACCAUACUGGAUUAAAGGGAGGCCUUGCGACGCUUCGUGAAAUGGCUCCGCUACCACCCACUUUCGACGUAUGCGGGUCCCUACCACUUCCCACUAUCCUGACAGGGGCGCCCACGUUUCCUCACUCGGGAAUCCCGUGCACACGCACACGUUUCUCCUCCCAGCGCGCGCACCUGCCUGGUAAGCCCGCGCGAGAUCCUCUCGCCUCCCGCGUGCGCUCUUCUCGCCACUCGCGCGGCAUCCUAUCGCCCCCCCGCACGCGCUCCUCUUGCCUCCCCGCGCGUCCUCCUCUCACCAUCCCUAGCGUGCUCCUCUCGCCUCCCCUCACGUGCUCCUCUCUCCACACCAUGCGUGCACCUCUUUCCUGUACCUCGCGUCCUCCUCUCUCCUCACCUCGCGUCCUCCUCUCUCCUCACCUCGCGUCCUCCCCUCUCCUCACCUUGCGUGCUCCUCUCUCCUCACCUCACGUCCUCCUCUCUCCUCACCUCACGUCCUCCUCUCUCCUCACCUCGCGUCCUCCUCUCUCCUCACCUCGCGUCCUCCUCUCUCCUCACCUUGCGUCCUCCUUUCAACUCACCGCACGUCCACCUUUCUACUCACAUUGCGUCCUCCUUUCCUCCAAAUCACCAACACCUCCGUUGGCGUCGCUGAUCGCGUCUUUUGCCCUCACCCCCGCCCACACUCUUGCAACGGCGGUGCUUCCGCAGUCCCCCUGCACGCCCGCAGAAAACCCUCGUUGCACGCCCUCUAUUUCCCACAUGUACGCCCUCGCUCCCCCUCUGCUCCUCUUGUCCCCCUAUGCUCAUCUUACCCCCUUCCGCUGGUCCUUCUCCUUUCUGCACCACUUCCAACCCGAAGCUCCGCUGUUCCCCCUAUGCCCCUCUUUUUCCGCCCAGCUCCACUUUUCUCCUGUGAGGCUCCUUCGCUCUCUGCUCCUCUUUCCCUCCUCUGCUCCUCUUGUCCCCCUCUACUCAUCUUUGCCCCCUCACUCCCUUCCAUCCCACUCAACUGUCACCCUCCCUCCCUGUUUAUCACCCUAUUUUUUGCCUCGCAUCCCAAAUGUUCUGACACCACACUCCUCACAGCUUCCCCACAUUGGGAUUCCCACCUCAUUAUUCAUAGUUUCUGAGUAUUCUGUCUUCAAAUCUGACAUCCAUCACUAG